UCCUUCAUUAGAGUUCCUCUAACCAAGCUGCCUUUGCUCAGAGCAGCCACCUUAUGAUUUCGGCACUUUGCUUUCGACAGCCUCUCUAUUGUUUCAGGGGAAUAGUCGGGUCGCCAGAAAACAGAAUUGUUCCCAAGAUAACACACUAGUGCUUUGCAUGGGAGCAACACAAUGGACUGGAUUAUUACUACAACAAUAUUCUCGUCAGUGUUACAAGCUGCACUUUGUUUUAAUAUUGAUCCUGUGGGUUGGAAGGUCCUGACUAACCCUGCUGCAGGUUUUGGAUACCAGGUGGUGCAGAGACAAUCAGACUUGCUGGUCAGUGCUCCUCUUGCACAGUUUUCAGAAAAAGGACGGGGGCAAAUUUAUAAAUGCUCCACCGAAUCCUGCAAUGAACUAUUAGUUCCAUUGCCAGACUUUGCAGUCAACUCGUCUCUUGGUUUGACAAUGACAAGUGAUCCCUCUGCACAAAACACUUUGGCAUGUGGUCCAACCAUCCCGAAGGACUGCAAAAGUAUCACCAUGUACAGCGGGAUAUGCUUGCAGAUAGACAGUUCUAACAGCAUUGUAAACUCUAUGCCUUCUUCUAAUAAAGAGUGCCGAUCAGCUGACAUAGCAUUUCUGUUGGAUGGUUCUGGCAGUGUAUCCAGGCUGGAUUUUAACACAAUGAAGACUUUUGUGAAAGAUCUGGUCCGCUCACUCCUGUCGCUAGACACAAAGUUUGCUGUUGCCCAGUUCUCCAGCAUACCCAAUGUCCAUUUUUACUUUGAUGAUUUUUUCUCUGGAACUGGAUCAUGGGAAGAUAAAGUUGAUCGCAUUAGUCAACAAGGGGGAACAACUUACACAGCUGCAGCCAUCAAAUAUGUAGUAGAACAGAUUUUCAUACCAACAAAGGGUUCCAGGUCAAAUGUGAAGAAGGUCUUGAUAGUCAUUACCGAUGGAGCAUCACACGACAGGGAUCAAUUGAGAUCUGCUGCAGACUUAGCUGAGAAGCAACAAAUUGUUCGAUUUGCAAUUGGAGUGGGGGGUGCAUUUAGGGAUCCGGAUGCAAAAAAUGAACUCAACACCAUUGCAUCGUUUCCCAAAGAAAAUCAAGUGUUUCAAGUGGAGAACUUUGCAGCACUUGAAAAAAUAAGGGAGAGCUUACAGGCCAAGCUCUUUGCUAUUGAAGGAUCGCAAAGUGGAGAGUCACUUAAAAUGGAAAUGGCUCAAGAGGGAUUCAGUGCAGUUUUUUUGCCUCAGGGAUUUCAGAUGGGCAUUGUCGGUGCUAAUGAGUGGAUGGGAGGCUACCUGCCAUUUACAAGCAGAGGCCAAGCGUUGAGACCCUUUACGCCUCUUAUAGCUAAUGCCAGUUAUCUGGGUUACUCCAUGGCAGUCGCAAAUACGCUCCAAGGCCCAUUGACAAUUAUUGGCGCUCCAAGACAUCAACACCGAGGAGCUGUGAUGGUAGUUUUUCAAAACAUAAAUCAGAAAACGAUUGAUCCCUUUCCAUGGCAGUAUCAGAGCGGUGAAUAUUUCGGAGCUGUUGUUUGUGCGAUGGACGUGGAUCGCAACAGCUACACUGACCUGAUCCUUAUAUCCGCCCCGAUGUUUAUCGACACUGACAGAGAAGGAAGAGUUUACGUUUGCAGCUUAAGUUUUUUGAACGUUGAGUGUCACUUAGAUGAUUCUCCGUCAAUAUUAAGAGGAGAUGCAUCUCAAAAAGGAAGGUUUGGGUCUUCUCUUGCUGUUCUGCCUGAUCUGAACACGGAUGGUUUCAGUGAGCUGGCGGUUGGAGCGCCGUUGGAGAAUGGCGGCCAAGGCAGCAUCUACAUAUUCCACGGCGAAGCAGGAGGAAGAAUCAAUUCUGCUUACUCACAGAGAAUUGCUGGCUCUGAAGUCCGGUCAGGACUAAAGUUCUUUGGCAUGUCGAUCAGUCAGUCAUCUUUUGACCAUAGCAGUGACAAUCUGCCUGACUUAGCUGUUGGUUCAAAGGGUGCUGUUGUCCUACUCAGAUCAAAGCCUAUAGUAAUGGUAGAAGCUACGGUGUCAUUCAGCCCAAACCAAAUUUCUACUCAAAACUCAGACUGCACAAAAGCUUUGGAGACCACAGCUGAUAUCUGCUUUACUAUGACCAGACACUCCUCUUUGCAACAAGCUAAAGCAAUGAUUAACUAUACAUUGACUCUGGAUGCCAACCGCAAAAACAGCCGAGCUUACAUUGUUGUGAAACAACGAGAGGUGACUGGCACAGUCAGUCUUCAUUUACAAAAGCCUGAAUGCGCCAAGGUGAAAUUCUUUGUUGAGGCCUGUCCAGAAGAUGCCCUCAAUGUACUUUCCAAUGUACUCAGAUUCACCUUUGACGGCUUGCCUUCCGACCAAAAUCUCCGUCCGAGUCUCGCCCUGCAGGCGCAGACAGCAAGCUUUCAUCCUUUAGGAUUUGAAAUUAACUGCGGCACGGACAACAAGUGUGUAGAUGACCUGAAAGUGGAUUUCAACUUUACCAGAGCCUCAGAAGUUAAAGUGGGCAUUGAUGAAUUGCUGGAUGUCACCGUCUCGGUGGAUAACAGCGAGGAAAACUCCUACAACAGUCAUGUUAUUCUCACAUACCCAGUUGGCCUCUCCUAUAGGAAGUUUGCAAUUCUGCAGGGAAGAAUUGAGUGCAACUCCUUGGACAGUGAAGAUGGCUUAACACGAGGAAAGACAGACUGCACUGUUGACAAGCCUAUUUUUAAGAGCAAUACUAAGGCUUUCUUCAUUGUCUCCUAUGGGAUCCCCACCAAUAGUAAACUUGACAGGACGAUUUAUGUCACUGCCAAUGCUACCAGUGGGAAUCAGGAGCACUCUAGUUCAAGCGUGCUCUACAAAAAGAAAGAGAUUGAUGUGAAGUAUAGCAUUUUUGCCACAAUUGAAAGUUCCCUCAGCUACACCAAUUUCUCUUUCGGAAAGAAUAAUUUGCAGAAACCAUUUCAACAAUCAAUUGUGGUAACAAAUGAUAUCAGAGCAGUAAAUUUCACUGUGGUGAUAAAGGUGCCAUUGAAGCUCGGUGAUAAAGACAUCUGGGUGGAUUCAAGCAAUUUGCGGAUUCCAGACUGCCAACGAGACAAAGAUGAAGAACCUAAACAAACAGAUUUUGUUGCUAUGGUACAGAAAACUAAGGUAGUGGACUGCUCUGUAGCCAGGUGCAGUGUGUUCAAGUGUAGUAGGUUCAUGGGAAGACUAGAGAGUAAAAUAUACCAAAUCUCGGCCAACAUCAGUUCUGGAUGGAUAGAGCAGAUUGGACUUCGUAAAGCCAAAUUCGUCCUGACCAGCACAGGCAGUCUGGAGUAUGACAGAACCCAGUUCAUCUUCUUUUCAAUAGGGUCUAAUAACAACACUCUGGUUAAAAAGAUUGGAGCAGAGGUCGAAGUAUAUCCUGAACCAAACUUCACUAAAGAGAUUGUCGGAGGAUCCCUGGGAGGCUUGGCUCUACUGGCUUUACUCACCGCUGGCCUGUACAAGGCUGGAUUUUUCAAGAGUAAAUACAAGGAGAUGAUUAACAACGAUGAAGCAGAUCCAGAGGCUGAUGGAGACCCAAGUACACCAGUAGAAUAAUUGUAAAACCAGUGGGUGUCCCCCAAUCCCCUGGCUGUUUCAAGAUAACCUGAUGAUUGCAAGUGAUCGGUUCUGGUUCAUCUGUACCAUUACUCAGAGUUUUAGACUUUUUGUAACAUUUAGCUAUUUUCCAGAGUGCAGGAUUUGAAUGGAAGAAGACCACUUUAGAUUAAUUAAUCUAGAAA